CAGAAAUUUACGAGCAGCGUCGGUCGGUCUGCCGCCCUGAUAUAUAACAUCCCCCAUGUCUACUCCAACAGCGCCGGAGGCUGUUGACUUUAGCCUGUUCGGCGGUGCUGAUUCGUUGACGGAGGGAAAGAAGCGGUCACCACGUCGUACCACCCUUGUCCAGCCAUCCCAGAAGGACAAUGGUGCGGCACACAUCGCGGCCCCUCAAAACCCAGCAGAUUUCCUUUGGCUCAUGACGGAGGAGCCGCACAGGUCGAGAAGGAUGGAGAUUCUCAAGAGUCACCCUGAGGUCACAAAACUCAUGGGGCACGAACCACUUACCAAAUAUGUUGUCCUCGCGGUGGUCUCGCUGCAGGUCUACUGUGCCAUUGCCCUGCGACACACGUCUCCUUUUUCGCCGUGGUUCUUGCUGUGCGCCUACGUCGUUGGGGGCACUGCCAAUCACAAUCUCUUCCUUGCUAUCCACGAGAUCACGCACAACCUCGCAUUCAAGGGCAUCGCGCCGAACAAACUGCUGGCCAUCUUCGCCAACUUGCCUAUUGGGAUACCCUAUUCAGUCAUGUUUAAAGGAUACCACAUGGAACACCACAAGUUUAUGGGCCAGGACGGCAUCGACACCGACCUGCCUACGCAAAUAGAACUGCUGUUGUUGAACAACGUUCUUGGCAAGGUCUUUUUCGCCACGUUCCAAAUCUUGUUCUACGCGCUUCGCCCCGGAUUCGUGCGCGCGCAGCGUCUGAACAGGUGGCAUCUGCUCAACUUCCUCGCGCAAGGCGUGUUCGACUACGCCCUGGUCAAGACCUUCGGCUGGCGACCCUUCGCGUAUCUCAUCAUGAGCAGCUUCAUGGCCGGGAGCCUGCACCCUUGCGCGGGACACUUCAUCGCCGAGCACUACCUGUGGGACGGCCUGGCGCAGGAGACGUACAGCUACUACGGGCCGCUGAACGUCCUCGCGUACAACGUCGGGUACCACAACGAGCACCACGACUUCCCCUCGGUCCCGUGGACGCGGCUGCCCGCGCUGCGCGCGAUGGUGCCGGAGGUGUACGACGCGCUCCCGUCGCACCCGUCGUGGCCGAUGGUCAUCGUCAACUUCAUCCGCGACAAGGAGGUGGGCAUCUUCGCGCGUGCGAAACGGCUGUCCAAAGCUGCUGCUGCUACUGCGGCCAACGCGUCCCGGCACGAGGAGGCGGACGGGUCCGAGUCCGACAAGAGCGAGUAGAUGUGAAUAUAUUUGUAGAUGCAGAGCAUGGAAUGCUACUUGACAGUUGGCUGUGAGCGGCGAACAACCCAACUCCAGGAAUAGUUCCGGCAACACACGAGGUGAGCAUGUCUUCUGAGAAUGUGGGACCGGAGCAUUGCAGUGUCAAGAAGGAUGCCUCGAUGCUCAGCUUCUGGUCAUUUGGGACGCCGGAAAAAGUGGACUUCUGAAUAAUGGGAGGAUGUGACUGGUGCUGGGAUGCACGGUGGUUGGAUCAAAUCGUGUGGAAAGGCGAGAAAAGCGCUGAAAAAGGGAGGUCCAUGGCAGGCCACUAUCGCGCGCUCAGCUAUUUAUAUUGAGAGAACACAGCUCUUUCUUCUUCUUUCUCGAUCGGCGUCUUUAAUGAACAGGCUUGAACACGUGAGAAAGGCGUGCAGGUGGGCUUCUGUGUCCCCCAUGUGUUCAGGGCCGGCUCGGGCACCGGAGAAUAGCGGAGGGAGAGGAAGCUCUCAGCUGGGAGAGCGUUGGCCUGGCAGUCUGAGUGCUACUCUCUACUAUCUGAGGCCUGAAGCGGAUGCUCAGCGCAGACAAAGUGAUCGCAGCUUUUGAAGACGCGUUCCCGGGCUUCUGUGAUUUCGUCAGCAUAAAUUCGAACGCAGAACGAACUGCUCCCACAACCACCAUGCCACUCCGGUUCCGAAACCUACAGUCUCCACAACCCUUCUAGAAACUAAAGCUCCCACGUUUACUAUGCAUUACCCCGUGAUCACCUGGGUUCGAGGCUCAUCGAUGGACUUCCGACGAGCACUCUACAUCAAUCAAUGACACAAUAACUUUGAGGCUGAGGGUGCUAUUUAAGCCUCAGCGUGAAGGCUGGAAUGCAGUCCAAGACCCAGAUUUCCCCUCAACUGUCUCCCUCUAACAAGACAUGUCUCUCUCCCGGCACAUCAACGCGGAGGAUGUGAUCCAGAACUGCAAGGAGCAUCCGUUCCGGAAGCACGCCCAGCAGGAAGGACGCCAGACCCUGCACCAGUCGUGGUCGCGCGAUGAAGAUGCCGCGCGCGUGUCCAAGUACACUAUCCCGCAGGAGGGCAUCCCGUCCAAGGCCGCCUACCAACUCCUGCACGAUGAGACCGCACUCGAUGGGAACCCGCUGCUGAACCUCGCGUCCUUCGUGCACACUUGGAUGCCCGAAGAGGCAGACAAACUGAUCAUGGAGAAUAUGAAUAAGAAUCAGGUCGAUCUGGACGAGUACCCCGCGGCGACGAUCAUCCACAACCGCUGCAUCUCGAUGCUGGCCGAUCUGUGGAAAGCGCCCAAGGACGGAAAAGCGAUCGGGACCUCGACGGCUGGCUCGUCUGAAGCCAUCAUGCUCGGCGGUCUCGCUAUGAAGAAACGCUGGCAGGAGGCCCGCAAGGCUGCCGGCAAGGACUACUUCCACCCGAACAUCGUGUUUGGAUCCAACGCCCAGGUCGCACUCGAGAAGUUCGCACGCUACUGGGAUGUCGAGGCACGCCUUGUGCCUGUGAACGCGUCGACGAACUACGUCAUGAACCCCCACGACGCGCUUCCUUUCAUCGACGAGAACACGAUCGGCGUGAUGGUGAUCCUGGGCAGCACCUACACGGGCCACUUUGAGAACGUCGGACUCAUGUCUGACUUGUUGGACGAGCUGCAGGAGAAGACUGGCCUGGAUGUCCCGAUACACGUGGAUGGCGCGUCUGGAGGCUUCAUCGCUCCUUUCGCUUACCCGGACUUGAAGUGGGCCUUUGACGUCAAACGUGUGGUGUCCAUCAACACUUCGGGGCACAAGUUUGGUCUCGUCUACGCUGGCCUCGGCUGGAUUCUCUGGAGAGACGAGUCGUACCUGCACAAGGAUCUCGUUUUCGAGCUGCAUUAUCUUGGGAGCGUGGAGUACUCGUUUACUCUCAACUUCUCAAAGCCUGCCGCGCCGAUCAUCGUGCAGAUGUUCAACUUCCUCAAUCUGGGCUUUGAAGGCUACCGCCGCAUCGCGAUCAAGGAUCUGCGCAACGCCCGGAUGCUGUCUCGAGCCUUGGAUGCCACGUACUUCACUGUGCUGAGCAACAUCCACAAGCCCUCCGAACGCGGACAGCGCGAGUUGCCGCAGACUGAGAACACGGAUGAGCCUGAGUUUUAUGAGCGAGGGCUGCCGGUCGUGUCUUUCCGGCUCUCGGACAAGUUCCAAUCCGAAUACCCGCAUGUCGAGCAGUCCUGGAUCCAGUCGAUGCUGCGGACGAAGGGCUGGAUCGUGCCCAACUAUAAUGCGCCACAGGGCGAGGCUGAUACUCAGAUCCUCCGUGUUGUCGUCCGCGAAACUCUCAGUGAAGACCUGAUCGAGCGCCUCAUCGUGGACAUUCUGGAGAUUACCGAGGGAUUGAUGGGUACGUCGGCUCGCUCGAAAACUUUCUUUUCGCGAGCGGAGGCGCAAGUGCAUGUGUCGGGUCUCCGCCCGUCGACAGCUCUGCCCCCCGUUCCUCCCCAUUCAUCAUACAUCCGCGAAGACACAAACCCUCCACCGUCGAUAGCAACCAUCCCCCCACUUGGUACCAUCACGCAUCCCGAACUCACCCCCCGUCCUCCCGCCCACUUGGACAUCCGUACGAUGUCGUCCCUCCCCUCACGCUUCAUCCACACCGCCCUCUUCCUCCCCUUGCACUUCCUGUCCCUCUUCGUCGCUGUUUUCCUACACACCUCUUUCUCUCAUGCGACGGCGACCUCGAUGCUGCUCAAGGCGCAGACUGUCCACCAGCCUGAUAAGGAACACGGACGCCCGGACCCGGGGAACUUUGGUGAUGCGGCGAAGGAGGACAGCGCGGGUCAGAGUGGCUUUGCGCGCCAAUGCUAAGACGCGAGCGAAUUGUAUAAGUAGUGUAUGAGCACUGGGCACUGAGUGUUUGUGCUCGAUCUGGAUUUGUAGGAAAUACUGUGAUAUAUCUGUAUACUCGUAAAGACAGUUAAGGAUUCAAUAUCGAGCUCUGUGAUGGCUGGUGGAGGAUGUGUAUGUCGAUUUGACAUGCAAAAGC